AAACUGCUUAGACAAUCUAAUGGAGGAAGAUGAGAAGGACAGGGCAAAAAGGGCUUCGCGUAACAAGUCUGAGAAGAAGAGGCGCGACCAGUUCAAUGUUCUCAUCAAGGAGCUCAGCUCCAUGCUUCCGGGCAACACCCGCAAAAUGGACAAAACUACUGUGCUGGAAAAAGUCAUUGGCUUCCUGCAGAAACACAAUGAAGUCUCGGCACAAACAGAGAUUUCGGAAAUUCAACAGGACUGGAAGCCUUCAUUCCUCAGCAAUGAAGAAUUCACCCAGCUGAUGUUGGAGGCAUUAGAUGGCUUCAUUAUAGCAGUAACCACAGGUGGAAGCAUCAUCUACGUGUCUGACAGCAUCACCCCCCUUCUAGGGCAUUUACCGUGCGAUGUCUUGGAUCAGAAUUUGUUGAAUUUCCUGCCGGAACAAGAACAUUCAGAAAUUUAUAAGAUGUUGUCUUCUUGUAUGCUUAUGACAGAUUCUGCCUCAUCGGAUUACCUAAAAACCGACAAUGAACUAGAGUUUUAUUGUCAUCUUCUGAGAGGAAGUUUGAACCCAAAGGAAUUUCCAACAUAUGAAUACAUAAAAUUUGUAGGAAAUUUUCGGUCUUACAGCAAUGUGCCUAACUCCACUUGCAAUGGCUUUGAUGAUGCUGCUCCAAGGGCUUACAGAACAUCACCAGGAAAGCAGAUCUGCUUCGUUGCUACUGUUCGUUUGGCAACCCCUCAGUUUUUGAAGGAGAUGUGCGUAGUUGAAGAACCUUUAGAGGAAUUCACUUCAAGACACAGUCUGGAGUGGAAAUUUUUGUUCCUGGAUCACAGAGCACCGCCAAUUAUUGGAUACUUGCCUUUUGAAGUGCUGGGUACGUCCGGCUACGACUAUUACCAUAUAGAUGACCUAGAGCUGCUAGCAAGGUGCCAUGAACACUUGAUGCAGUUUGGCAAGGGGAAGUCUUGCUGCUACCGGUUUUUGACCAAAGGACAGCAGUGGAUCUGGCUGCAGACCCAUUACUACAUCACGUACCACCAGUGGAACUCCAAGCCGGAGUUCAUUGUGUGCACACACAUGGUAGUAAGUUAUGCAGAUGUUCGGGUGGAGAGGAGACAAGAGAUGGGCUUGGAAGAAGUGUCCUCAGAGGUUGUGUCCUCAGCACUAAAGGAGAGUGGCUCCAGCUUGGAUCCUGAACAGCACUUUAAUGCACUCGAUAUUGGUGCCUCGAUCCUUAGCACUAGUCGGACACCCUCAGUAUCGUCCAGGAGCUCACCAAAAUCCUCCCACACACCAAAAUCGGACCCUGCAUCUACACCAACAAAGCUGAUUGCAGAGCCCAGCACUCCCUUGCAAAGGACUCCUAGCACGCAGCAGGAUUUGCCCGUGCAUAGACUCAGUCAGCCUACUGCUCUACAGGCUUCUUUGCCUUCUCAGCCUUCAUGUGAGCUUCUCCCACAGCAGUUGCUGCCCCAAGCAACUUUGCCAAAUCAGCCUGCACCUCUGGCACAGUUCUCAGCACAGUUUAGCAUGUUCCAGAGCAUCAAGGACCAGCUCGAACAGAGGACACGGAUCCUGCAAGCCAACAUUCGGUGGCAACAGGAGGAGCUCCAGAAAAUACAGCAGCAGCUCUGCUUGGUCCAGGACUCCAGCAUACAGAUGUUUUUACAGCAGCCAACAGCGUCCCUGAGCUUUAGCAAUAUUCAACAGUCGGAGCCACAGCAGCUACAGCAGAGGCCAGGGGUCAUUUCUCAGCAGCAGCUCGUUCCCGGUCCUCAGCUCCAAGGGCAAAUUGGGUCUUCACAAACAGCAAACCAGCAAGCACUGAGAGAAGCCAGUGUGAUAUCGAGCCAGGGCGCCAAGGCGGCGCGGGGCGCCGAGGCCGCCGGCAGCCGAAAAAAGCGCCGCGCGGGGCCGCCGCGGCCCCCCGGGACCGGGCCUUGUCCAGUAUUGCUGGUGUUCGUGCACACGACGCCGUCUUCCACGUUAACAGGUCCGUGUAUUGGAGUCCUUUAUCAGGAAUGA